UGCAGCUUGAUAUCCAUGGAUUGAAGAUCCUUCGGUCCCUAUUUUUGGCCGAAUUUCUGCGAGGACCUUAGUCAUGAUGUAAUGGAAGCUCGCCGAUAUGUCGGAGAGAGCCUUGUCUCGCGCUUUGUGUCGCGUUUAGAUAAGUGCCUUGGUAGGUAUAAAAUAAGUAUAUAUAAUAACUCUGUCUAUCAAGGCAUAUGCUCUUUUGGUAUUGUUGAUUACUGAUCGUUACACCUUCACUCAAUACUUCUAUACCCAUCAAUCAACACCACAAUGUCUACCAGUAUCGCCAACAAGGCAGCCGCGGGUGUCCCAUUCUACACUCCCGCUCAAGAACCACCAUCCGGGACAGCUUUAGAUCCUCAACCAGAUGGCGCAGCUAUUCCCAAGUUAUUUACUCCCCUCAAAGUCCGUGGUGUGACUUUUCAGAAUCGUAUCAUGCUAUCCCCACUAUGCCAAUAUUCCGCCGAUAAUGGCUCUCACACUCCCUGGCAUACCACUCACCUCGGUGGUAUCAUCCAGCGCGGGCCAGGCCUCGCUUUCAUAGAAGCCACCGCAGUCCAAUCCAAUGGGCGGAUCACGCCCGAGGACUCUGGGCUGUGGCUCGAUGAUCAUAUCAAGCCAUUAAGCCAGCACGUGCUAUUUGCGCACUCGCAGGGCCAAAAGAUUGGUAUCCAGCUUGGACACGCUGGCCGCAAGGCCUCCACCGUCGCACCAUGGUUGAGCCGAGGUGCCGUAGCCACAGCGGAUGUUGGUGGCUGGCCCGACGAUGUGGUGGCCCCGAGUGCCGUCGCCUUCGACGCAAAUCACCCGAACCCGCGUGCUCUGUCACUUGAGGAAAUCGCGCAGCUGAAGAAGGACUUCGUCGCCGCCGCUCACCGUGCCGUAAAAGCGGGCUUCGACGUUAUCGAGGUGCACGGCGCACACGGGUACCUCUUGCACAGUUUCAUGUCACCGGCCUCGAACUUCCGUACCGACGCGUACGGCGGCAGCUUCGAGAACCGUGUUCGUCUCAUCUUAGAGGUUGUGGAUGAACUCCGCAAGGCCAUACCGGAGGACAUGCCACUAUUCGUGCGCCUCAGUGCUACGGAUUGGCUCGAGGAAGUGGAAUCGUUCACCGGUGACAGCUGGAAGCUGAGCGACACGGUUAAACUGGCUACUCUGCUCGCUGAGCGCGGUGUCGAUGUCUUGGAUGUCUCGAGUGGUGGAAACCACCCCCAGCAGAAGAUUAAGGGCGGACCCGGCUACCAAGCACCGUUCUCCAAGGCUGUGAAGCGCGCCGUUGGCGAUAAGAUGCUUGUCGCUACAGUGGGCAGCAUCACGUCCGGGAAACAGGCUGACGACUUGCUCGUGGGUGGAACUGGGGAGGAUGAUACCCCGAUAGAUAUUGCCUUGGUAGGGCGCAUGUUCCAAAAGAACCCUGGGCUCGUCUGGGCCUGGGCUGAGGAGCUACACACUGCGAUUUAUGUUGCGCACCAGAUCGGAUGGGGAUUCGGCGGUAGAGGUCUCAAGCGUAAACAAGUUACGCAGCACGAGGACCAUGGCGCCUUACCGAAAUAGAACAUACAAGUGUGGAGAAAGUUAAACUUCUAUAUAUGCGUAGGUAUCCAGGCAGUUAGGUAUUAUACUGAAUAGAUAGGUGCUAUACACUCACAUUUCGAUUCUAGGGGG